AGUUUUCACACCCCACAACAAAUGUCUAUGGGAGAAAUGAGGCGAAUCGGGAUUGUUGGUUUUGGCCAUGUCGGCCUUUACUUGGUCCAACAAAUCCGAGAAGAAGGAGAGAAGUUUAAUCUGGAGCUGGCCUUUGUUUGGAACAGAACAGUGGAGAAGUUGGAAGGGAUCAUCGAGCCUCAUCUACAACUUCACCGACUCUUGGAAUUUGAGUCACGCAAGGCAGAUCUGAUUGUGGAAGUGGCCCACCCAGAUAUAACCAGAGACUAUGGAGAACUGUUCCUAUCUGCGGCCAAUUUGAUGAUCGGAUCCCCCACCGUUUUAUCAGAUCCGGAGAUUGAACAGAAACUGAGGGAAAUAGCAAAGACAUCUGGACACACAUUGUAUGUUCCCAGUGGUGCAUUAUGGGGCGGAGAAGAUAUCCAGAGAAUGGCAGACCGUGGGACGCUUAAAGGUCUGAGGAUCACCAUGACAAAACACCCAGAUAGUUUUCAGCUACAGGGUGACCUAGCGCAGAAAAACCAAACUGUUCAAGAUCGGACGAUUCUUUAUGAAGGUCCAGUUCGUGACUUGUGCCCGAUGGCCCCCAAUAAUGUCAACACGAUGGCCGCUGCAUGCAUGGCUGCCCACACGCUUGGAUUUGACCGUGUGAUAGGGGUACUGGUGGCGGAUCCCAGUAUCCCUGAUUGGCACUUGGUGGACAUAGAAGUGACGGGGACAAGAAACAAAGAAACCGGCCAAGUAUUCAGCGUUACAACAAAGAGGUGCAACCCAGCAAAAGCGGGCCACGUGACUGGCAGCGCCACCUUCUCGUCCUUCUGGAGCAGCCUCUUGGGUAAACACUUGUCUGCGUAAUAAACCCAUGUGUUAGGAAGAGAA